AUGAGCCCAAGUAACGACUCCGGUUUCAAGGUCGAGCCUUUCGACGGCUCGAACUAUGGGUUGUGGAGUUACAAGAUGAAGAUGUACCUGAUGUCGAAGGGGCUGUGGGGCGCGAUCGCGGGCGAUGAGACAACAAGUGAGGCCAAGGAACAGCAAGCCCACGCCGCGAUCGUGCUGAAUCUGAGCGAUUCACAGUUGAUGCAUGUCAUCGACUCGGCCACCGCAAGAGAAGCGUGGGGACGUCUGGCGCGAUUUCAUCACAGUCAUGACAUGGCGAAUCGACUUUGGCUGAAGGAAAAGUUCGCGUCGUUCAAGUAUGCAGCAUCAAGCAUGAGCGGUCAUGUGAUGGAGCUGGAGGACCUCGUGAUGAAGAUGAAGCGCGCGAACUGCGGUCCAAGUGAAGAGGACGUGUGCGCAGUACUGUUGCGGAGUCUACCUUCAAGCUUCGAGAGCUUGGUACAGGCAUUCCGCAUGUCCGUCGCAAGCUUCAGUUUCAGUGACCUCGUGAGCAAGUUGAUCGCCGAAGAAGUGCGCCAGAAUGAGGGAGCACGAGUAGAAGAUGCAACGGCGCUCUACGCAGGCAAGAGGAAGGGUAAGCAGUACCAGAAGAAGCAACAAGGACGGCGCGCGAAGGGACCAUCAGGGACCUGCUACAACUGUGGCAAGGUCGGACACUACGCCAGAGAUUGUCGCUCCGGUCGAGGGCCAAGGGAGCAACAGCAUGACCAGUCGAAUGUCGCGUUUCAUGCCAGCGAAGGUUUCGCGAGCAACAGCUGGGUCAUGGACAGUGGCGCGUCAGCACACGUGUGCAAGGAUCGAGAUGCGUUCGAAGAGUACGAAGAAGUGCAUCAUGCGCGAAGCAUUUCAAGCGCAAAGAGCGACGUGAAGCUGAAUGUCAUUGGACAUGGGACAGUGAAGCUGCGCGUCUGGACAGGACAUGCGUGGAUCGACGCUCGCCUUGAGAACACACUUCACGUUCAAGAUUUGUCCAAGAACCUGUUUUCGCUCACGGCUGCGGCAGCGCGCGGCAUGACAGUGGAGAUAACGCGCAACGAGUGCGUGGUCAAGCGUGGCGGCACACCCGUCGCAACAGGAAGGAAGCAGGGGUUCCUCCUGUAUCUCAAUGCUGACUGUGGUACGGAGUGCCACAUGGCCGAAGACGAUACAGAGCUAUGGCAUAGAAGAUUGGGUCACGUGUCGUAUGGUACGCUGAAUGCCAUGGUCAAGGACGGAAGGAUCAAGGGCGCAACGAUGAAGACGAACGUUGCGUGUGACGUAUGCGCAACGUCAAAGCAAGUGCGCAAGUCAUUCAAGACAAGUGAAGAAGACGCUGAAACCAGGGAGAGUUCGCGUUCCGACGUGGUGGUGUGCUCCGACGUUCUCGGACCUAUCACGCCAGCGUCCAAGUCUGGUUUCAGUUACGCCGUAACCUUCAUCAUGAUGAAGAGCAGGUAUGUAACGGUCUAUCCGUUGCGAAAGAAGAGCGACGUUGCGAGUGCGUUCAAGCGGUUUUACCAAGAUGUCAAGACAGCAUCUGGAACGAAGAUAAAGGUGUUGCGAAGUGACAACGGCGGCGAAUACCGGAACGAAACGAUGAACAGCUUUUGCAAGGCAAAGUUCAUUAAGCAAGAGUUCACGGUUCCGUACAAUCCAGAGCAGAACGGGAUGGCGGAGCGGAUGAACCGCACGCUGGUGGAGAUGACGCGCUGUAUGCUCAAGGAAAGCGGCCUCGACAAGUCCUAUUGGUGCGAGGCACUAAUGACAGCGGCAGACAUCAGAAACAUUCUGCCGAACGCGUCGAACAAGAACUCAAGCCCACACGAAAUGGUGUUCAAGAAGGUUCCGCGCAUCGAUCACAUGCGCGUGUUUGGUGCGCAAUGCUAUGCGCAUGUGGCGAAGGAGAAGAGAAAGAAGCUGGACGACUCAGGCGUGCGAUGUUUCUUUCUCGGCUAUGAGAAGGACCAAAAGGCGUAUCGGCUUCUCAACGCGGACGAUGGCUCGAUCGUGAUUUCAAGAGGCGUCACGUUCGCUGAGCAUUCUGUCACGAAAGCAUCGAAAAGCAGAGACACGCAGGUCUUCGAUGUCAUUGAAGAAGAUGAAAGUGUGGAGGCGUCGCUAACCGAUGAUGAAGACAUACCAGCGCCGGUGACCGAAGAAGAGCUGCGCACCCCACCACUUCGAGCGCAGAACAGCUCUCAUCACGGACCAAGUGUUCGACCAAGCGACACCAUUCCUACGCGCGCAUCCAGCACACCCGGAAGAAAUGGAGAAGAAGAGUGGAUGGUGCGACCGGUUCGAAAGAAGCGCGGCGUGGUUCGCUACGAACAAGAAUUUCCAAGCCAUCGUCGCGGUCGCUUCAAUUUGGACGACUACGAAGGUGACUUCGACUCUUUCUACUGUUUCUCGGCUGAAGAAGAUGGGGAACAAGCGUCCAGCUAUCGAGAAGUGAUGAAGAGCGGCUACAAGGAGCAGUGGCUCCAGGCAAUGAAGAGUGAGAUGAAGUCGCUUGAAGAACACAGCACAUGGAAGCUAAUGGACAUGCCACCGGGCAAGAAGGCCGUUGGCUGCAAGUGGGUCUUCAAGAUUAAACGCGAUCCAAGUGGCGAGAUCAUCAAGUUCAAGGCACGCUUGGUUGCGAAAGGGUUCACGCAGCUGUUGGCGAUCGCUGCAGCCGAAGACCUGGAAGCAGAAAACGUUGAUGUCGACACAGCGUUUCUCUACGGCGAAGUGGAGGAGGAGAUCUACAUGGACCAACCUGACGGUUUUGAAGAUGAAGGAAGCCCGAAUAAGAAGUGUUUGCUGCAGAAGGCGCUAUACGGGACGAAGCAAGCGGCGCGGCAGUGGAACAACAAGUUGAGUCAGCACUUGGUUGAUCAAGGAUUCAAGAGCAGUACAGCGGACCCGUGUGUGUUCGUUCGAGUGACAAGAGAGGAGUACAGCAUCAUCGUGAUCUACGUGGACGACUUGAUGAUUUUCUGCAAGACGAAGGAGCACAUCGCAAGUAUCAAGAACUCAUUGAUGGAAGAUUUCAGCAUUAAAGAUCUUGGAGAUCUCAAGUACUGCCUCGGGAUCGAGAUUCAUCGCAAGCGCGAAGAUGGAACGAUCAAGAUGAACCAGAAGGCGUACAUCAAGCGACUUUCGGAGAAGUUCGGCGUUGAGAACUGCAAGGACAUGCACACGCCGGCGGACAGUAAUUCAAAGCUGAUCAAGAUGGGUCAAGAGGAAGCGUUUGUACCAAAGUACCCAUACCGUGAGCUGGUGGGCGCUUUAAUGUACACCGCCACAUGUACACGACCGGACAUUGCGCAUGCGGUUGGCGAAGUUGCGAAGUUUUGCGAGCGCUACGACAAGUCGCAUUGGACAGCAGCAAAGCGGAUUCUCAAGUAUCUCAAGACGACUCAAGACUUAAGCAUCGUUUUCAGCGGCAUCAACAAGGGAGAGCUGAUUGGAUUUGCGGAUGCAAACUGGGCUGGCGACCUCGACACGCGGCGUUCGACAACAGGAUACGUUUUCUUCCUGAACGGAAGCGUGAUAUCGUGGAACUCGAAGCGUCAACCAACGGUCGCGACCUCAAGUACGGAAGCAGAGUACAUGAGCCUGUACAGCGCGACGCAGGAAGCAAUUUGGCUUCGAGGUCUGCUCAAGGACCUGAACUACUGUGCCAAGAACGCGACGACGAUUUUUCAAGACAAUCAAGGUUGCAUCGCGCUGGCCAAGAAUCCUGUGUACCACUCGCGCACGAAGCACAUCGACAUCAAGUUUCACUUUUUGCGUGAAAAGGUUGCAAGUGCAGUUAUCGCGCUAGAGUUCAAGCCGACAGAAGAAAUGGUCGCGGAUGGAUUCACCAAAGCACUUCCAAGAGACAAGCACAGCAAGUUCAUCACGGGUCUGUGCAUGGCGGUGUAG